UGUUCAAUGUUGUCAACUUACAAUCUUUAGCUUAUUUUAGGGAAAAUAAAUUCAAUUUAAUUUCCUAAUCUGUCUCCAAUCUUAAGUUUUAUUGAACAAUUUAUAUUUCUCUGAAGACCUUUAUCGAAAAUUGUCGAAUUUAUCGAAAAACAGAUAUUGAAAAUAAAAAAAAUUUCUAAUUUAAUAUACAUUUUUUAUAGAAUAAGUAGCUGUAAACUGAUAGACGAUGGAGAGUUACACGAAAUAAAGAAAACUAUGUUGUUAUUUUAUUUUUGAGAACGAUAAAGGAGUUUUCAAGGAGUUUUCAGAUAAUUGAUCGGGCAACAUUGAUGUCUGAUUUCUGAAUCGUUAUUCGUUUGGCGUCUACGAUUGUAUCAAUGGCGUCUAGUUAUUGUAGUCAAAUGAAAAAAUCAAGUUAUACAAGAAAUAGGAUAAGCAUUAGUUAAAAGUGAUUGCAAAAUGCUUAGUUAGAUGUUAAAAAUAGUAUGUGAAUAGUGUUAAUUGUAUUAAAUCUUAAAAUAACAUAAAAAAUGGAUGGAAAAAGUAAUGAGUGGCGACCGGGGCCCACUGUGUGCCGAUGUUGCCUCUCCGAGGGCUGUUAUAAAGACAUUUCAACUGAAUAUUUUUGGAUGGGAAAGAGAGAAGUUUACGCUGAAAUGCUUUCAGAAACAUUCGAUUUAACUGUAUCCUAUGCGCGGUCCGGCACGCCGAACAGCCACAGUCGGCUGAUAUGCGAGCCGUGUAUAUCUCGUCUCCGAGAUGCGGCUGACUUCAAGCGGCAGGUCAAGGAGUGCGAACAGACGUUCCUGCAGUGUUUCAAUCCCGCCAGCGCUGUGGAUAUUGAGAUACCAAUGGACAUAACGGACAAAGAUUCGGUAAAAGUGGAGAAAGUGAAACAGGAAAAAGAAAACAGUUAUGAUGAUGAUGAUUUUGCCGAUGCCCCCGAGUUCCUUGAUGAUGAUGAUGAUCUCGACGACCAGCCCCUAAUGAAUUUAGCGACGAAAGUGCCCAAAAAGGAGUCGGUCGAUGUUAUGGACCUAUUGGAUAACGCUAAAGCGGUAAAACGGAAAGCGUCUAAAACGAAAAGCAGCCCCGCAAAACGGAAAGUGAAGGAAGUCAAACCUAGCGCUAGUAAAACUAAGCCGGAGAGGAAGAAGAAAGGGCCGAGAAGGGAAAUUGAGAGGAAAAACCCAAAGAGAUUAUUCGAACGAUCGGUUAACCAGAACCCGCAAAGGCGAAACGCGGUUCUCAUACUUAGACAUUCAACGGCGAUUCCGUUCAAAACCCGAUUUAAUAGAAUCGUUUGUGCCUAUUGCCACGAUGAGCUAGAGACUAUGGACUUAUUAAGGACCCAUAUGAAAGAUAACCAUGAAAACGCUGAUUACAACAGCGCUUUUUAUAAAGUAGUCGAUGAUUUGAAAAUCGACAUCACUAAUUUUAAAUGUAACUUAUGUACCCAAAGUUUUGAAAAUGUGGACGGCUUUAUGCACCAUAUAUCCAAUGAACAUGCUAAGCCAGUUAACUUUGACGUACCGUUUGGCGUCUUGCCGUUUAAACAAAUAGACACCGGCCUCUGGAUUUGCUUUGACUGUGAUAAAGUAUUCCGCGACUUUCCAGAAAUAAAUUGCCACUUACGGUCUCAUGUUAAAAUCUUCACAUGCGAUAAAUGCGGUGCGACCUUUCUAUCAGAGCACGGUUUGCGACAGCAUGAAAGAAAUUUAAAAUGCUACACGGCCACAUAUACACCUCGGUUUGGAAAGGCGCUGAAACAUAGAAGCAAUACGGAGAUCAUUUUAAAAUGCUCCACCGCGCUACCGUUUCGGAUUUGGGGGCAAAAUUUUAACUGUAUAUUCUGUAGGGUGCAAUCUGGUAAUCCCAAUGGAUUGAGACAGCACAUGGCGUCCAGACACGCGAACUUUGAAAUAAACUCAGUAUUUAACAGACGUAUGAAUAAAGAAUUUCUCAAAGUCGAUAUAACGGAUUUACAAUGUAAAUUGUGCUUUAUCAAAAUAGAUACGUUAGACGAGCUUUUGUCACAUUUGAAGAAUGAUCACAAACAGCCAAUUAAUUUUGACGCUCAACCAGGGGUGUUACCGUUCGCUCUAAACGACGGUACCAGUUGGAAAUGCGCGAUAUGCAAACAGCAGUUUAUGGAUUUCUUUUCGCUAAAGAAACAUACUUCGGAGCACUAUCAGAACUACGUAUGUGAUACUUGUGGAGAAGGCUUCGUUACAGAGGUGGCUUUACGAGCUCAUAAGAGAAUUCCACAUGAAAAUAAGUACAAUUGUAGCAGAUGCGUUGCGACCUUUUCAACGCUAGAAGAGAGGAGUAUUCACAUGAAGACCCAGCAUACAACUAUGCCCUAUAUGUGCAUGCACUGUAAAAAUAAGCCACGGUUUGCGACGUGGGAAUUAAGGAAACGGCAUUUCAUUGAAGUUCACAAUUUUAAGCCAGGGGCAGACGCGUAUGAAUGUACCACCUGUCAUAUGACGUUUAAGACAAGAUCGCAGAAGUACCACCAUAAUGUUAAGUCUCAUAGGUCUAAAAAGGACGCUGAUUAUGGGUUUUCGUGUGGGCACUGUGCUAGAGCGUUUAUGUCGAAACUGUCCUUGGACAAACAUAUAGCUAAGAAACAUUAUAUGUGAUUGAAGCCUCAUUGGAAUACAAAUUGAAAUAGGAAUAUGAAUCAGUAGCCAGUUGAAAUUGUAAUUUAUUUAAGUUCGAUAAAAUACUUAUAACCAUGAAUUAAAUAUUGGCCUAAACAUAUUUAUAAGUUUGCUGUAUCCUAGCUAAUCGUAAAUGAAAACUACGCUAAUUCUUAUGUACAUUAUGAAAGUUAAGUUACUUUAAUAGAAGCCGCAAUACACAAUAUUUUUUUAACUUGGUUGUGAUUUUUAUUAAAUAAGUAUAUAAUUUAAGAAACUAUCAAACUGCAUAAUAGCCGAUUUGGUACCUUGAACGCAGAAGUUAUGCUUUCCUCUUUAUGUGUACAUAAUAAACACUCUGACUUAACAGAAUUAGCUAUCCGCCCCGGAUUCGCCAGU